AUUGCUCAAAUCCUGUUAUAAAAUGGAGCUAAGGCCACCUUCACCAAAACAAGGUAACUAAAGCUAGUUUUGCACUCUUACCUAAUCCGAAGUAAAGAUGGCUGCCACCACAGUCCCUGAAGUUGUUCUCCACUCCUCUUAUGGGCAGAGGAAGAUGCCGGUGAUGGGUCUCGGCACGGCGCCGGAAGCAACCAGCACAGUUACCACAAAAGAUGCAGUCCUUGAGGCUAUCAAACAGGGUUACAGGCAUUUUGAUGCUGCUUCUGCAUAUGGUGUGGAGCAGUCUGUAGGAGAAGCCAUAGCAGCAGCACUUAAGCUUGGACUAAUUGCAUCCAGGGAUGACCUCUUCAUCACGUCCAAAUUGUGGGUCACUGAUAACCAUCCUGAAACCAUUGUUCCUGCUCUGCAAAAAUCUCUCAGGACGCUUCAACUGGAAUACUUGGAUCUCUUUUUAAUCCACUGGCCCAUUGCUACUAAGCCAGGAAAAGUUGUAUACCCCAUUGAGGUAUCAGAGAUAGUGGAAUUUGACAUGAAAGGUGUGUGGGGAUCCAUGGAGGAAUGCCAAAGACUUGGCCUCACCAAAGCAAUUGGAGUCAGCAACUUCUCCAUCAAGAAGCUUGAAAAAUUGCUAGAUUUUGCUACCAUCCCUCCUGCAGUGAAUCAAGUAGAAGUCAACCUUGGAUGGCAACAAGAGAAGCUUAGAGAUUUCUGCAAAGCAAAGGGUAUUACCAUAACUGCUUUCUCACCCUUGAGGAAGGGUGCCAGUAGGGGUACUAAUUUUGUGAUGGACAAUGAUGUGCUCAAAGAAUUGGCAGAUACUCAUGGCAAGACUGUAGCUCAGAUUUGUCUUCGAUGGAUAUAUGAACAAGGGUUAACUUUUGUGGUUAAGAGCUACGACAAGGAGAGGAUGAAGCAAAACUUGGGCAUUUUUGAUUGGUCAUUGACUGAGGAUGAUUACAAGAAAAUAAGUGAAAUCUAUCAAGAGAGGCUGAUCAAAGGACCAACCAAGCCACUUCUUGAUGAUCUUUGGGAUGAUGAACGAGAAGUUUCCUAAAUUUGAAACUUUAGUGUUGCCACUUAGUAUGAAUAAAGCAAGUGUGAUCAUUCUAUUGGUGCUACACAUUGCAUGGAAAUUUUGAUUCCAUACUGCUACAUAUUGCUACAGCUAGUAAUCCAUAUGUGUUUUGAUUCCAAAUGAUGGCAUAACAGUAAUCAAAAUUCCAAUUUAGUU